UUACUGUGUCGCCGGGAGUGUUUGUUUUGUAGCUGAUUAACAACGGCAGCUCGUUAAUAAAUUCUCGGUUAAAUAUCGCGCGUGUGUUUUUAAUUUAAGAGAGCUCAGUUUGAUAGGUUAGCGAACUUGCUAAUGUUGCUGUGCAGCUUUUCUGGAGUCACUUGUAAUAAAACAAACGUUUGCAUAGUUAGCAUCCAGCUGUGACACCCGAAGCGUCUUGAAGAAACAUUUUGUUUGAAAAAUGAGUGACGAUAAAAUGGAGACGGAAGAACCUGGAUGGACCAGGGCAGACCUCCAGAAGCUUCUCGGUGCAAUGAAAGCCAGCAUCCCAGAAAAUGAGAAGAUGGACUGUUACACCAAUGGACUGAAAAGAUUAGACUGGAAUAAGGUGGCUUUCCCUCCUUUUUCUCCUGAGGCAUGUAAACAGAAGUGGACAAAUAUGUUGAAGAAGAUGUCUAAAGUUCGGACCCUCACAGAGCUCAUUGUUAGAGCAGAAGAUGUUAUAGCCGAUCCUGCCCAUAACAGAAAGGGUGAGGAGUUCACUGAAGAUGAAGAGGGUCUUCCUCCCAGGCCACCUCUCACUGGCUAUACUGUGUUCUGCAAAGAGCAACUGCCACACAUGCCGGGUACCACGAGUAGAAACAAAAUGAGUGUUUGUGCUCAACGUUGGCAAGAGUUAAGUGAAGCAGAGAAGGACAAAUACCGUACAAACUGCGAAGAGUUGAAGCGACAGUACAGGAUGAAGCUGAAUGAAUAUUUACAGAGGUUUGAUAAAGAGAAGCAGGAGCAGAUCCUGAAGAAGAAUGGCAUCAAAAGACCUAAGAAGCGCAAGAGCAGAAAUGAGGAAAGUCUUGUGGAGGAACCACCUGGCGAGCCAAAGAUGCCAUCCCUAUCUGGUAAUGUGAUUUUCUUCAAAAAUCAGAUGGAACUUCUAAAGGAAAAAAUCCCAGGUCCUAAGGAGCGCCUUGCUGAGGCCAGCAGAAUGUGGAUGGACCUCUCCACAAAGCAGAAAGAAUAUUACGCAAUAAAAGUUGAUGAAAAGAAGAAAAAAUACUCACUGGAGCUGCAGAAGUGGUUUAAAACGUUGACGGCAGCAGAGCAGGAGAGCUAUCUGACACGUCACCCCAAAAAGCAUCAGUACCUUAAGGUCAAGCUAACAGACGUUUUUGUCAGAAAAGAACCACGUCUGAGCCAACCAUCAGACUCCGAAGACGACGACAUCGAGUUCAGUGAAGAAGAGAGCUGUUGGGAGUAUGAGGAGGAGGAUGAGGAGGAGGAGGAAGAUGAAGAGGAUGUCAUGUUUGAGAUGUAGAUGGUGAUGAGAUGGAUAGCAGAAGUGCCACACACAGAUUCAGAUCUGGAUUCUGGAUGUGACGGCUUUAUUUGGUGGUCAUGCUGGCAGGAAGGUUCCCAUCACAUUGGCCUUCUGUGCUGUGUAGCACAUCCAUGCUGGGUUACAAAGGACCACAAACCCUCAGGGCUCCACAGUUUUUUCUACUGUUUUGCUGUUGAUUUUUUGUUCUGAGAUGUUGUGUAAUGUUUGGGAAUACACGCUGCCGAUGGAUAAUGUCCUCUGAUAUUGAGAGCAUUUAGGUGCCUGAAAAGCUGAAUUCACAGAAAAGUAUGGCUCUGAAACCUUGAAUAGUUCUGACUGGAUAAACAGUCAUCAAAAUGUAAGUUUGUAAAGAAUUCUUUUUGUAUUUAAUAAAAGUGAUAUGCAAAACUUCAAAAUAACCAAAA